AUGGCGAUGUCUGUAAAGAACAGAAUUAUUGAAUAUUUACAAAAAAUUGAUCCAAUUAUACAACAUCGUCCACCAUUUGCAAUAACAUUUGAUAAAGUUACACUUUUAGAAAGAUCUAUGCAAGUACCUAUGAUGAUCAUAAUGAUAGAUAGACAAUUAACACCUAUUUAUCUGCAAUCACCUUUAUGCAAAACCGAAUUAUCAGGUGAAGAAUUAGCUAAUAAUUGUGUUAAUGUUUUGAAAUCAUUCGUUUUAACAAAAGCUAUGUUACAACAACCGGCAGCAAACAGUAGUCGUAAAUAA